AUGGCGGACCACAUAAAGGGCGCCGUGGACCUCACGCGGGAGGAGUCAAUGGCCAUCGCCGCCCUCGCGACGGCGGGUAUAUACAACGCACUCGAGAUCUUCGUGCUCAUCUUCUCCACAUUCCGGCAGCGCCGCGGCCGCUACUUCUGGAGCAUGAUCGUCGCCAACAGCGGCAUCUUCGUGCACGCCAUCGUCUCGAUAACACGGUACCUCCGGCGCAGCGGCAACGUCGUACCGGGGGGCUUCGCACUGAUGGCGUGGUGUGCGAUGGUGACGGGGCAGUCCGUCGUGUUGUGGUCGCGGCUGCAUCUCGUGCUGUACAGCCGUAAAUGGAUCCGGCUGGUGCUGGCCGUGAUCGUGGCGAACGUGUGCGCUAUACACGUCCCGAUGAUAGUGCUCUGGGCUCUCUGCUGGGCGACGCCGAGAGAGGUGCAGCCGGAGUGGAUAGUGCGGUACGGCAUCUACGAGAAGGUGUCGAUUCUCAUCUUCACGCUGCAAGAGACGACCAUCACGGGGAUAUUCGCAAGGCAGGGGUAUUACAAUCUCAGGCCGUUGUUCGCGUUCAAGACGAGGUCGGCGAAGCUGAUAUCGUGGUACCUCCUCACCCUCUUCAUACUGGUCUUCGUCCUCGACAUUGGUCUCGUCAUACUCGAGUACACAAAUCACUUUCUUUUCCAGACCACGAGCAAGCCGUUGGUCUACAGCAUCAAGCUAAAAGUCGAGUUUACGGUGCUCAACAAGCUGCUCGCCUUCACCAAGAUGAACUCGUGCGACUGCCACCACCUAAACGACACCCCGGGGGGAUACUCAAAAGGAUUAAUUACGUCCGAUACCAGCACGACAACAAGAGGGUUUGUGCCUAAUCACAGAGAAGCAUUACAAUCCAGUCUAUCGCCACUGCCGGAUUCAGAACGACCAGAUCACAUCUUCGAUGGAUGA